AAGUGCAGGACUCCUUGCGACUAACCAAAAUCAAAAUGCACAAGCUCGGAGUUCGGGGCUUCUUUCCCACUGCGAGAAGCUAUCAAGCCGCUCGUAAGAAAAGCAUCCCCACUUCUUCCAAACCUCUCUCUCUCUCUCUCUCUCUCUCUCUCUCUCUUCUAUAUGUCCUUGUUGUAAUCACUCAUGCAAUCUUUGUAUGGGUCUUGAUCCCAUUGAUGGUUGAGCGGGUAAUGGGAUGGGAGCUCAGAAGAGCAUCCAUGCCGGCAAAGCCAAGAUUGACGUUAAUGUUGAUUUCACUCACAAGCUUUGUGCUGCUUUGAUGCUUCCUCCCUCAAGGAGUUCUGGCGAUCCUUUUUCUUUCGUUGUUGGGAGUCUUUGUAUCAAACACCCCAGUUUAUUUGGAAGAAGUGAGAAGCUCGAUGUUUCAUGGGAGAAGGGACUCUGUGACUCCAAUGUAUUGAUAGCUUAUCGGAGGCCGAGGCCUGAGUGGCUUGCUCAACAAUCUUUAGUCUUUCAGCAUUCCAUUUCACCUGAGAUUGGGGUCCAUGGUUUGCCCAUCGACAAUUUCUCACGUACAGGGAGUGGAGGUGUAAAUCUAUCUAAAUUUUCAGUGGGAUUGGAUCUGGAUGAGCGUGCAAGUUCCAACUGGAGUAGUACAACCAGUGUAAAAUUUGAGCACAUUCGUCCAAUUAGUGACAAUGGUCAUUCCAUUAGCAGAGAUCUUGAUGGCUUCCCUGUGACUUGCAGUGGCAGUCCACAUGACAGUAUGGUAAUUUUGAAGCAAGAAUCUCGAUUUGCACAAGCAAAUGAUUGCAGUCUUACUCGAUUUAGUUUACAAAUAGAACAAGGCAUUCCUGUUCUAUCAAAGUGGCUGAUAUUCAACAGGUUCAAGUUUGUUGCAUCAAAGGGUUUUAAGCUAGGGCCAGCUUUCCUCUUGACUAGUUUGACAGGUGGUUCUGUUGUAGGGGAUAUGGCUCCUUAUCAAGCAUUUGCAAUUGGUGGUCUUGGUAGUGUGCGGGGUUAUGGUGAUGGGGCAGUUGGAUCCGGGACAUCAUGUCUGAUCGCUAACAGUGAACUAACACUCCCUUUGAACAAGAUGUUGGAUGGUGCUGUUUUCUUGGAUUGUGGAACUGACUUGGGCUCUGGUCGUCAUGUCCCUGGCUCGAGCUGCAUUGAUAAUGUCAAAUCCAUUGCCUCAUGUCCCCGAUUGACCCAUUUUUAGGGGUCUAAUUAUAACUACUGCUUUGACAGUCCUAAUUUUGUUGUUGGCUUGUUAAUGAAUUAGCUUUUUGUAUUUACAUAACUUAUUUAAAAGUUAUUAUUAUUAUUAUUAUUAUUAUUAUUAUUAUUAUUAUUUCCAAUUCCAGGAAAUCCAGCUUUAAGGCAAGGCAAACCAGGAUCUGGACUUGGUCUUGGAUACGGUUUUCGGGUUAAAUCUCAAUUUGGUCACUGUCAGAUUGAUUUUGCUAUCAAUGCAUUUCAACAAAAAACUGUUUACUUCGGCAUUAGCAACAUUGCAUCAUGAAUGCCGCAACCCAAAAGGUUUGCUGACUACACGCUUUCAUCUAAAUUUUGACGAUAGACACUUGCGGAGAAGGAUGGAGUUGCUUUGGGAUGGUGUAUAGAUUGCACAAUCUGUUCUGAUUUUUAUUCGGAGAUAAAAUGGGAAAUGGACAAGUGAAAAAAUCUACUGCUACAUUUCAUGGAAAAUUAGGUUUUAGGUGCCGAUAAAAGCGUAGUUUCCAGCUGUGUAAAAUGACUGGAGAAAUCAAUGUUUUGCUUCUUUUGAUUGGAAGUAGAUUUAAACAUUACUUUCUUGUUAUUGUGCAAAAUUUGAAAUCUAACCAUGUCAGAUGUUUUGGUAAUGGAAAUUGUUACAAAUACAUUGGUAA